AUUUGUUAUCUCCCAAGAUGCACCAGUUAAUCAACAAACAUGGCUGCCCACUCGGUGCAAGUGAGUGUCGAGUCCUUGUUAGAAAAUCAAGUACAAGAGGUGUCUCUAGAUGGACAGGAGACGUACAACAAGCCAUUGUCUAUGUCAGAGAACUUGGCAAAGUUGGCCCAGAAAAUUGACUUCAGCAAAGAAGUAGACUUGAGAGGCAUCAAAGAAGAGGAGGAAGAAGACGAAGACAAAGCAGAUGGUACAACAUCUUUCCAACAUCCACAGUGGCCUUGGGAAAGUGUUAGAAAUAAACUUAGAACUGCAUUCACAGAAAUCAGUGUUUUGUCAGACAUAAUUCAUAUAGCCAAGGAAAAGAAGUAUUUGGUGUUAGAUCCAGUCUCUCAAGAAGCACCUGUCCACCGCCCGGUUCUUAAAUUAGUUGCAAAGAAAAAGGCCUUAACAGGAGCUGCCGAAAUUUUGCUGAAGGGUGCCAAAGUGCUAAGCAAACCCACGACUGAGACAAAUUGUCCUGAUUUCCAUGCUGAACUCCUCAAACUAUGUCAGCAUUGGAGGUUAAAGAAGGUUGGCAACAGUAUCCUUGGCGAUCUCAGCUUUAAAUCAGCUGGAUCUAGGUUUUGGCAUAAUGGUGUAUUUGAGGUUAUAAAAACACCUGAUAGUGAUCAGACAACCGGUGCUAUAAAUGGAGUCAAUAAGAGUCCCUUGCAAGUGAUGUUACCCACCGACUUGGAGGGAACCAGCUACAUUCAAGUUAUAAUACAAAUAGGCGAUGCAGACAUUGCAUCAACAGUUGUCUCUCAGAUGAGCCGUAGUAAAGUGUCAGCCGACGCUCACUGGCAGGAGCGGCUUGAAGCAGCUCAGAAUGUUCUUUUCUGUAAAGAAUUAUUCUCUCAGAUAGCAAGGGAAGCGGUUCAGUUGAAGUCCCCCGUACCACAUCUCGUCAUUGGCAACCAAAUCAUAUGCUCAUUGUUUCCACGUGUGCAACUCAGAAUAACACUCUGCCAUGACUCAAAUGCUGAUGAUGGGAUUCCGCCUAUGCAGACCAGUGAUCAAAACACAUCGCUGGAGCAUUCUCUGCAUCAAAUGUUGAAGGCUUUGCACAUCAGCAACCAGUACACUGCAACACCACAUCCAGUGACCAUGUCCCAUGUGGUCAGUAAGAAACGAAGGCUAGCUGGUCCAAAUGCAUCGACUAAGAGAGAUGUAACAGACAAGCAGCAUGGAGAAUGUAUUCUAGAAAGAAUAAUAAAACAAGCCAAACAUAUAGUGCUCAGGAAGAGGGUUGCCAAGGUGAUAGAUGAAUUUGCAAGAGAGCACAGUGAUCCAACUCUAAUCACGCAUUGGGGAUCGUCCACUCAACCUCUGCUAUCAACAGUCAUAAUAAACAUUGUUUCACAGGGUUAUGAUCAGAUGCAAAAAACCAUCUUCCAACUUUUCAUUGAGUGUGACCAUGUUCAAGCAGUUUUGCGAGAUGGACGCGUUGCACAUCUCUCAUAUGAGGAACAAGAUCUUUAUGAUCUUCUCCUAAGUCAGGUUUCUUCUCAUCAAAUUAUCACACUUUCGGUGCUUGCAAAGUUUAUACGUAUGCAGAUUUUACAACAAAACAUCCAAGUGGGGGUAGGGGAAAUGGCCAAACUUGGUAAUGCUUCUUCUCUCAUGCUGUUAACACCAAAUGGAAAAAAUACAAUUUCAGUGCGCUCAGAUCCAUUAAAUGGAAUCAAAGUGUUCGUACAAGGUACCAAGCCCCCGUAUUCCAGUCCCGAGCCCAAGAGCAAUAUUGUAACUGACCCUAAGUAUGACAACUUUACAACGUCGUUCAGAGAGGUCGAUUGGAAGAGAUUACCAGGAAGGAACUUCAUCCAUUCAAUGGAACUUAUGAUGGCUGCCCUUAUGUAAUACGGACAUUGAGUGGAAUUGAAUAGUUUGGUGGCUACGAUGCUUGCCUUCCAAUUCUCUCACUAAUGCACAUAAAAGCAUUACACAUUAUCAUCACCACCAGCUGUCUGAGACACUGAUUUAUUUUUUAAUAAUUAAACAUUUUUAAAUUUUAUUUACAGCACUGUAUUCUGAAUACAAAAUAACAUUCAUGGAUAAAAACGCAAUAAAGUACCAAAAAAGGCAAGCCUACUUCCAUUGUGGUCCAAAUAGUACUCUAGGUUGGUCAAAUCAGAGAGCCUUCCUGAUGGUGUUGGGGCCAGCUAUGUAAUGUAACAUAGUGAAGAUGCUGUAGAAACAGUGUAUCGAUUUUAUGGAAUCCUGACUUUAGCCUCAUUAUGAGAUUUGCAGUGGCGGUGUUACAGGGGGAAUUCCCCCCCCCAGAAAAUGUUCUUGUCUUCCCAGGCCCCCCCCCCCCAGGAAAGAAGAAAACCACAUUUUGUCGGGGAAAAAAGAAAAUUAUAUGUAUUUUCUACAUAUAAGUAGACUAUUUAUAUAUGAAAUCGAUUAAGUAAACCUUUUGAAAACCCUAAAUUGUCACAUUUUUCGGGCCCUGCCCCCUGAACCACUUUCUAAGUAUUUUAAUCGACACCCAACAACACCCACUUUGCUCUCACAGGGGACCUUGGGCAAACCCAAAAUUGUACUUUGCACCUCACUUGUUCCCCCCCCCCCCGCUCCCAGAUUUCAAACUCUCGCACCGCCACUGGAGAUUUUCAGCUUUACAAAGCAUGAAUGGGCCUUAUGGGAUAAAAGUAGAUUCCUAUUGUACAAGUCACCCACGAUAUAGAAGAAAAAGUUUAAAGCCUCAUUUCUAACCCAUUUCGUUUCCUAAAUGCGCUGUAGAAAAGAAAAAAUAGACUUGCAACAAGUCUGAGAUUUCUAGAGUCCUAAUUGUAUAUUAAUUUUUUAUUGGAUUUCCGAAGAAUUUUUUUAUGGUUUUACUACUGACCGUAGGUCUAUGGGGAACUAUUCUGUUAUGCAGAAAAGUACAUGAAAAAAUCAUGUAAAACAUUAAUGUGGUUAAUCAAAAGAAAACCUGUACAUAUUGUAUAAAUUGUAUAUUUAUAUUGAAAUAAAUCUGGAUUAAAUGAUUGAAA